UGGAGAGGAUGGAAAAUCCGACAAAAACAUGAUCCCUUAUUCCGGCGGCCACCAAGGCCCUCCGCCACCGUACGGCGGCGGCGGUGGCUACCCGCCGCCUGGUGGCUAUCCUCCGGAAGGGUACCCACCACCAGGCUAUCCAGGCUAUCCUCAUCAGGGUGGGUAUCCUCAUCAGUAUCCACAACCCGGGGGUUACCCACCUCAUGGUUAUCCACCCAACCAUGGUUACCCACCUCAUGGGUACCCUCCCACAGGGUACCCACAGGGAUACCCUCCAAAUGCAGGCUACCCAGCCCCAGGCUACCAUGCUGGCUCCUCUAAUCCACAUAAAGGGUUUGGAGGAAUACUUGCCGGCGGUGCGGCGGCAGCGGCGGCGGCGGCGCUGGCCCACGGCGGUCACCAUGGACAUCAUGGGCCCUAUGGACACUAUGGGCAUAUGGGAAUGGGAGGGCAUUUUGGAGGGAAAUUCAAGAAGCAUGGUAAGUUCAAGCACGGUAAAUUUGGGAAACAUAUGGGAAAAUUCAGAAAAUGGAAAUGAUAUAUAUAAUAUAUAAUA